UCUGACUGUGUAACACCCAAUGUCAAUCAUUCGGUGCUUUGGCGGCCUGUUGGUAACACCGUGUCAAGCCUUCCACUGAAAACAAGUUGGAAAUAUCUUCAGCUUGAAACUGAAGCUCAAAGCAGUCCUGAACAGCAUUCAAGUUAAGCACCAUUUCAAAUUUCAAAAUGGAACCGAAAAAUGUCUUGCCAAGAAAUCCACGUCAAUUCAUUGGACUUCAUUCGUCAAAUGUAGAAAAUAUUCGUAUCAUUAUUGGUUCAGAAACUUUUUCAAGCAACCAAUAUAUUCUUCGAUCCUGCUCCAAAUAUUUUCAAUCCUUGCUGUCUUCUAACACCAACAUAUCAGAAAUUUUAAGAUUGCUGAUCAAAGGCAUCGACGCCCAGACUUUUGCUAAUGUGCUGCACAUGAUCACCAAAGGAGAAAACACAAUGACUGAGAACAACGUGCUAGCUAUGUGGCGCGCAGCACACCACUUGAAGAUCGGCCGUCUAGUCGAACUGUGUGAACGUUACGUCAGUGCCCACGUGACAGAAGAGAACUAUUUAAAUAUUUACCAGCAUGCCAUCGCCUUAAAAUCAGAGACUGUCCAUGAAAGGAUUCUCUUACUGAUGAUCAGGAACUUUGACCGAUUUAUAAAGACUGAUACUUUCCUAAACUUAACUCCUAAGACUUUAAUAGAAAUCAUUACAAGUGGAGGUAUCAAGUCACAUGACAAUGUAAUUGCAGCCAUUUUUUAUUGGAUUUAUUAUACUAGGACAGAGCGACUUCAGAUCUGUGGCGAGUCGCCAAAGGAGGAAAACAAACCUAAAGAGAGUGCUGGCAAUGCUGAUUGGGACAUGGAAGUCACUUUUAACGAUAUAGAUCUUUUUUCUAACACAGAUAAUCAUCCCACAAAUAGAAAAGAGCUUCUGGGGAAACUGGUCAGCCUUGUCCAGUUUGACCUCGUCACCACGGCUGGACUCAGAAAGCUGCUGGACAAUGAUGAUGUGAUGGAGAACAGAGAUGCAAGGAACACUGUGAGGAGAGCCAUCUCCUCCCAGCUGGAAAAUGAGAAACUUUUAAAGCUGCAACUCAAUGCUGAAGAGAUGACACCCGAAGCCAUGAGUUUAUCUGGUCUUACAUUUGAAGAAAUUUGCUCUGAAGUCGCUUUGGCCUCCCCCAAAUUCCAGCUAGUAAUCUUGUUCAUAGACAGAAACCAUAGACUAUUUGCACUUAAUCUUUUGAACAACGAAAUCUGUCAGCUGGUAUUUGAUAUUAAAGGAGCAUACGAGAAUAUAUUUCUUUUAGACAGUAAGUUGCACCUCUUGGUAAAUCUGACAUUUUCCCAUCCAGAAUAUGAUCUACGGCAGUACCAGAUUUUAGACUGCCAGGAUACAACCCAAUUGAAGCAGAUUUACUGUGGGUCAAAGUAUAAAAUAAAAUUUACUAUCAAUGGCGGUUUUCAUUAUGGCUUCAUCACUGUCAACAGAACAUCUUUGAAGAUCAUUCGAGCGAAACGCAAUGACCCCUUACAAAUAAAUUGGACAGACUUUGAAGAGUAUUAUGAAAUUGGGGAAGUGACGUCACUAGUCAACUUUGAAAAUAAGAUUGUGGGGUUCUUCUCUAGCGAGGAGGGAGGCAAAGAAGCAACUAGAAUCUUCUCGUUCAAUACCACCAGUAGAACUUUUAACUUCACCGUAAGCCUGAAUGGGAGUGCCAAAAAUCUGGCCACUUUCACUUUCAAAAAGAGGCUGUUUGUCAUCCAAGGCUGUGGGACUUUAACAGAACUACUUAGACGGGAUGGAUUUCUGCAAGCUGACUCUCACCCGCCACUGUGGGACAUGCCAUUGGAAAUAUUUGGAGCAGUGGUGUUAAACAAAACAUUUUUAGUGAUGGCGCACCUUGACAAUGUCCAAAAUCUACCAACGACUUGCCAGUUUGGCCGCAUUAAGUUUGUUAACCUUACCAAUGGUGCCAACAUUUGCCUGUACUUACCUAUUCCCAGUCACUGGCUUCAAAAGAAUUCGAAUUGAUCCUCAACUUGUUUGCUCGCUUGAUUCAGGACUAGAAUUCCUAAAAUUUUGUUGUUAAAACCAAAGUACAUUUCAGUGUUACUUUUAGUGUCUUUUUGUAUUUUUGUCAAAGCAUUUUCAGCGAAACAAUUUUCAGUUUUGUUUUUUAUUUGACUUUUGUCUUGCCAUUGGAUUGUAUUUAGGUUCUGUUUAAAAUUGUAACUCCAUUUUAACAUGUCUUAGAUUUUUUAAAAUUCUUUUUUUUUUCUUUUUUUUUUCCCUCAUUCAAAUUUGCCUUUUUUUUCAAAAUGUUUUUUUAUCAUUUCGUUUCUUGCUCAUAGAUUUAUCAAUCAUUUGUAAUUGGAACUUGACUUUUUUUAAAUUUUGUAAUCACUUUUUUGUCUAAUCGGACUUUUUUUCUAAUCGGAAUUUUUUUCUAUUGGACUUUUUUUCUUUUGGACUUUUUUUCUUGUAAUCGUACUUUUUUUUGUAACCGUACUUUUUGUAAUCGGAUAUUUUCUUUUCUGCAAUAGCAUUAUUACUUACAGCAUUGGCCAAAAAUGUUUUAUUUUCUUAGCAAAAUCUUUUAUUCUUAAAAUUUAUUUCAAUCUUUUGAAACAAAACGAUCUUCUAAUUACUGCAAUCCAUCUGUUUAAUUAUUUUGUCCAACUUACGAUUGAGUCACUUCAUAGAAUAACAAACAUUUAACAUUUUGCAUGCCGUACCUUUGUCACUAAAAUGUACCCUAUGUUUAGUACUUAGAUCGAAAAAUUGAGAUAUUUUCUUGGUUUACGGUUUUAGCAUAAAGUUUUUCGUCCAAAAUGUAUAUAUACAAAGACAUGUACCUAGUUUUAGAAAUCAAAGUAAUACACACGAUCUAGAAUGCUUUUGGUGAGUUAAUGUAGUUAUGCUUUUUUUUUUUGUAUUUGAAAUGUGAUGUUUUGUUUGUAUGCAACACUGGAAUGUACGAGAAACUUUUGACAACUAGAAGGAAUAAAGAUUUUCUUCCUCUCGA